AAGCUAAUAGUUACUAUAUAUCUGAUGAAUUUGAUAUGAAUAGUGAAGAGAAUAUUGAAAAAGAUAAAGCAAAUAAUGUGAAUAAUAAUAUAAAAGAUGAUAGAGUGAAUAUUAGAAUGAAAAUUGAAGAGAAAAAAGUAAAAGAUAAUAUAAUUAUCAUAAAGAAGAAUAAUAAA